AUUGUUUUAUUAAUAGGGUCCAUAUUAAUUUUUCUUUUUAGAUUUAUUUCUAAACGUAAGCAUCUUCUGGCUACUUUACUUAGUUUAGAGGGUUUGAUGCUUAUGAUUUUUGGUGUUCUUUUUUGGGUGAGAUCUAUGGUGAGUUUUAGAAAUUUUGUUCUAAUUUUUUUGACUCUUACAGCUUGCGAGGGAGCUUUAGGGCUCUCACUAUUAGUUUCACUGGUCCGAACCCAUGGCGGAGACAACUUUAACUCUUUAAACGCGCUACAGUGUUAA